AUGGCCUCGUACCAUCCGGGCUCGAGCGGUGGCCUGCAUCUGAUGAAUGGCUCCGCUUCGGUUGCCGGGCGCAUGGCCAGUGGGCCGGGCAUAGCAACGGCGGCCGACUACUUCGCCGCCAUGUUUUCGCCCGCCCAGUCGCCAGGUCCGCUUAAAUCGGAACGUCGCCCCACCGGACUCGCCUGCCACCCCAACCCCAACCCCAACCUUAACCCCAACAUCAACGCCAAUGUCAACGUGAACAUCCACGAACCGGUAGAACCUACUUCGACUACCGCCGCAACAGCAGCGUCUGCGGCGGCAGCGGCUGCGGCAGCGGCUGCUGCUGCCGCCGCGGCCGCCAACAGUCUGGUCGACUACGCCGUGGCGGGACUCGGUUCCAACCACGCCUACGAGACGGAGCGCUGGUGUCCGGCGGCCUAUCCGAUUGGAGGAGUCGUCGUCGGUGCCUCGAGUCCGCUCGCCAACACGGUCUCGAAUCCGGCCGCAGCAGAAUGCGGAAUGACGCAACUGUUGUCACGUCACAUGCUCGAGCCGGCCUCGGUGGCUGCUCGUCUCGAGGGCGGAUUCAACGAAACCGGCGUGUACACAAACGGACCGACGUCCGGCGUCAACGGUCUCUUCCCAACGGCCAGACAGUUGAGUUCAGUCGGACUGACGAAUCACGAGGCCGGACUUGGCGCAGCCAGGCCCCUGGCAACCGGACUCAUGUCGACCCCUGACGGCCAGACUGGAUACACCGGCCUCGAGAUGUUGGCACCGCCGGCGAAUGUCUAUUCCGGUGGCCUCGGCUACGCCUCGCACACCCUCGAGAUGGACGCCAGUCGGUGGAUUGAGCAGGCUCUGCACUCGUCCGUGGCCGGUGCCGCCGGUUUCACACGUCGACCGGCUGCUUUUCCCACCUGCAGAACGUGUAAGUCGGUUGGUGGACACACUUUACCCUCGCAGCCCAUUGUUGCCAUGGCGAAUCGCCUAAAAAGACCGAUCAUCCUACCACCCAUAAUCUGUACACGACAUGAGUGGAUGAGGGAUCAAUCGAUAAAACGAUACAAACCCUCUGCUCCAGCUCACAUCACUGCAGUAAUUGAGCUGGUUUGA